AUGGAUCAGUUCAAAGGACAGCCACGUCUCCCAAAAUUUGCCCUCCCUAAACGCUACGAUAUCCGCCUCACGCCGGACUUAACCGCCUGCACUUUCGCUGGCUCCGUCGCAAUCGAUCUCGAUAUCGUUGAAAACACCAAUUUCAUUGUCGUCAACGCUGCUGACCUUUCUAUCAACUCCGGUUCCGUCUCCUUCACCUCCUCCUCUAAGGUUUUUCAACCGGUGAAACUUGAUUUAAUUGAAGCGGAUGAGAUAUUGGUGUUGCAAUUUUCGGAAACGCUUCCGAUUGGGAUUGGAGUUCUCGCGAUUGGAUUUGAAGGUGUUUUGAAUGACAAAAUGAAAGGUUUUUAUAGAAGUACUUAUGAGAUUAAUGGAGAGAAGAAGAACAUGGCCGUUACGCAGUUUGAGCCUGCAGAUGCCAGAAGAUGUUUUCCAUGUUGGGAUGAGCCUGCUUGCAAGGCUACAUUCAAGAUCACGUUGGAUGUGCCAGCUGAACUUGUGGCUCUUGCUAAUAUGCCAGUUAUUGAGGAGAAGGUGAAUGGGGAUUUGAAAACAGUUUCUUAUCAAGAAACGCCUAUCAUGUCUACAUAUUUGGUUGCAGUUGUCAUUGGUUUGUUUGAUUAUGUGGAAGAUCACACAUCUGAUGGGGUGAAAGUUCGUGUAUAUUGUCAAGUCGGGAAGACGAACCAAGGGAAGUUUGCAUUGCAUGUUGCUGUGAAGACGCUUGAGUUAUUUAAAGAAUAUUUUGCUGUGCCAUAUGCUCUCCCGAAGUUAGAUAUGAUUGCAAUCCCUGAUUUUGCUGCUGGGGCAAUGGAGAAUUAUGGCUUAGUUACAUAUCGUGAGACAGCCUUGCUUUAUGAUGAUCAGCAUUCUGCUGCUGCUAACAAGCAGAGGGUUGCUACUGUUGUGGCACAUGAGCUGGCACACCAGUGGUUUGGCAAUCUUGUGACCAUGGAGUGGUGGACACAUUUAUGGCUGAACGAGGGUUUUGCUACAUGGGUGAGCUAUCUAGCUACUGAUAGCUUGUUCCCGGACUGGAAAAUAUGGACUCAGUUUCUUGAUGAAUGUACUGAGGGCCUCAAGCUAGAUGGCCUCAUGGAAUCCCACCCAAUUGAGGUGGACAUAAAUCAUGCUUCUGAGAUCGAUGAAAUAUUUGAUGCAAUAAGCUACAGAAAGGGUGCAUCUGUUAUCCGGAUGCUACAAAGCUAUCUUGGUGCUGAGUGCUUUCAGAGAUCACUUGCUUCAUACAUAAAAAAGCAUGCCUACUCAAAUGCAAAGACUGAAGACUUAUGGGCUGCUCUUGAGGAGGGAUCUGGUGAACCUGUGAACAAGCUAAUGAAUUCAUGGACAAGGCAGCAAGGAUAUCCAGUUGUAUCUGUCAAAUUCAAAGAUCAGAAAUUGGAAUUUGAACAGGCACAAUUUCUGUCAAGUGGUUCCCCUGGGAAUGGGCAAUGGAUUGUCCCAAUAACUUUAUGCUGUUGCUCAAAUGAUGCACGGAAGACUUUCUUGUUGCAAACAAAGUCUGAAACUCAUGAUGUCAAGGAAAUCCUGGGUGCAUGCCAGAUGGAGAGUAGAAGUUCUUGGAUUAAAGUCAAUGUGGAUCAGACUGGUUUCUACAGGGUUAAGUAUGAUGAGGAACUCAGAGCUAGGCUUGGAUAUGCUAUAGAGAAAAAGUACCUCAAUGAAACAGACAGAUUUGGCAUUUUGGACGAUUCAUUUGCCCUUUGUAUGGCUCGUCAGCAAUCUUUGACCUCUUUGCUUAUUCUGAUGGGUGCUUACAGAGAGGAACUUGAGUAUACUGUGCUAUCUAACUUGAUUAAUAUAAGUUAUAAAGUUGGAAGGAUUGCUGCUGAUGCAACCCCUGAACUAAAGGACUACAUUAACCAAAUUUUUAUCAAUAUUCUCCAGUUUUCUGCAGAGAAGCUUGGUUGGGACCCUAAGCAAGGUGAAAGUCAUUUGGAUGCAAUGUUGAGAGGAGAAGUUUUGACUGCCCUUGCUUAUUUUGGACAUGAUUUGACACUGGAUGAAGCAUGCAGGCGCUUUCAUGCAUUUUUAGGGGACAGAAAUACACCACUCCUCUCACCUGAUAUAAGAAGGGCAGCAUAUGUGGCUGUAAUGCAGAGAGUCAGCACAGCAAACAGAUCAGAUUAUGAUUCUCUUCUACGGGUUUAUAGAGAGACUGAUCUAAGCCAGGAGAAAACUCGCAUUCUGGGUUCAUUAGCAUCUUGUCCAGAUCCGAACAUAAUUCUUGAAGUUCUCAACUUUUUGUUGACAUCCGAGGUUCGUAGUCAAGAUGCUGUUUUUGGACUUGCUGUUAGCUAUGAAGGACGUGAAACAGCUUGGGCUUGGCUGAAGGAUAAAUGGGAUUACAUUUCAAAAACCUGGGGUUCAGGAUUUUUAAUAACUCGCUUUGUCAGUUCGAUUGUCUCCCCGUUUGCUUCAUUUGAGAAGGCCAAGGAGGUAGAGGAGUUCUUUGCAACUCGUAGUAAGCCUGCUAUGACUAGAACCUUGAAGCAGAGUAUUGAGCGGGUGCACAUUAAUGCAAAUUGGGUUCAAAGCAUUGAGAACGAGCCACAACUUGCCGAGACUUCAGCAACUGCAAACGAGUAUUACACAGUAAAUCUUGACAGUGUUCUAACUCUUUACCUUGGAGCUGCUAUUACAACCCUUCCUGCCUUUACAACAGCUGCUGCCCCUUCUUUUAUCAGCAAAACUGCAAUUAGAUCAUGCUGCAUUCACCGAGAUACAAUGCUUUAUGUCCUUCCAGAUUGCUAUUGGGGUAAGGAAGUUGGGCUUGGAACUGCUGUGAUCUCCUUCCCGGCAAGAAAUACGCAGCUUUAG